GGCACGACACAAAGCAUGUGCCAAGGGCUGCUGCUUCGAUUCUCUGAAGAAACCCGGGCUCUGGAUAAAAGCUUGCAAAAUGCCUAGUACGAGUGCAGAAACUCAGCAAUGUUAGGUUGGAACGAGGAAGUGGAGUGGAGAGGGGAGGGACCGAGGGCAGAGUUCCAUAGUGCAGCCGCUGCGCUGAGAACAGCGGCACAUGGAGUGGGGGAGAGUUGGAAGAGCUUCAUAUUGCAAACUCAAGGAAUAGCAGAAUACCUGCAAAGAAUGGAGACAGAGGAGGCUCAAGACAUGUCCCAUGUUUCAGGCAGGGAAAGUCCUCCUGCAAAUGAUACAUCUGAAGAGACAGAAGAGCCCAUGCCUGUCCCAGAAGACCUUUCAGCUACCUCUGGGCAGCAGCAGAACACCAAGAACGACAAAGUAUUAGCCAGUAAUAUUAAAGUAGAAAAUCAGAGUGAUGAAGAGAAUGGGCGUGCCUGUGAGAUGAAUGGGGAAGAAUGUGCGGAGGAUUUGCGAGUGCUUGAUGCCUCUGGAGUGAAACUGAAUGGCUCCCACUCUGGCCAAGACGGCAAGGCCUACUCCUCAGUCGGUGGCAUUCGUCUCCCCAACGGGAAGCUAAAGUGUGAUAUCUGUGGAAUAGUUUGCAUCGGCCCCAAUGUGCUAAUGGUUCACAAACGAAGCCAUACCGGGGAACGGCCAUUUCAGUGCAAUCAGUGUGGGGCCUCCUUCACACAAAAGGGCAACCUGCUUCGCCACAUAAAGUUGCAUUCUGGCGAAAAGCCCUUCAAAUGCCAUUUGUGCAACUAUGCCUGUCGCAGAAGAGAUGCUCUUACUGGCCACUUGCGUACUCACUCUGUUGGAAAACCUCACAAAUGUGCUUAUUGUGGGCGGAGCUACAAACAACGCAGCUCAUUGGAAGAACACAAGGAGCGUUGUCAUAAUUACUUGCAGUGCAUGGGGCUUCAAAACACCAUCUACUCAGUAGUAAAGGAAGAAAGCAACCAGAAUGAGAUGAGUGAAGACUUAAGCAAGAUGGGAUCAGACAGAGCCUUGGUCCUAGACAGACUAGCUAAUAAUGUAGCCAAACGUAAGAGUUCUAUGCCUCAGAAGUUUGUGGGAGAGAAGAGACUGUCAGACCUCUCCUUUGAUGGAAACUCCAACAGCUUUGAGAAGGAGAGCGAAAUGAUGCAGCCACAUGUAAUGGACCAAGCCAUCAAUAGUGCCAUCAGUUACCUGGGGGCUGAGUCCCUGCGCCCACUGGUGCAGACUCCUCCCUCCUCAUCUGAUGUAGUCAUGAGCCCCAUAUAUUCCCUACACAAGCCUCUCAGCGACUCGCAUGGCCGCAACAAUGGCCACAGCAUAUCGGCACAGGACAGCGCUGCUGAGAACCUGCUGCUCCUCUCUAAGGCCAAGUCUGCUUCCACGGAGAGGGAUGCAUCUCCUAGCAACAGCUGCCACGAUUCUACUGACACCGAGAGCAACAAUGAGGAGCGGGCUGGGGGAGGGAGCGGCCUCAUCUACCUGACCAACCACAUUGCACCACAAGCCCGCAAUGGGGGGAUCACUUCGGUCAAGGAGGAGCAGCGGCAGUACGAUGCCAUGCGGGUAGCAGGAGUGGAGCUGCCGUCUGACGGCUUCAAGGUCAUCACCACCGAUGGGGAGCAGGUGAAGGUGUAUCGCUGUGAACCCUGUCGCGUGCUCUUCCUUGACCACGUCAUGUACACAAUCCACAUGGGCUGCCAUGGAUUCCGUGACCCGUUUGAGUGCAACCUGUGUGGCUUCCGUAGCCAGGACAAAUAUGAGUUCUCUUCCCACAUAACCAGAGGGGAGCACCGCUACUAAGCUGCCUUUAAUCACAUCCUGAGGGACUUACAGUUGUACACAGUUAAGUAGUUUCAGAACUGCAUGCGUAGGUUUUCAAAGAGCACAUUUAUUUGAAAGAAUUGUAUUUUCUGUCAUUUAGAAAGAAAUUGAAUGCCAUUAACUUAUGUUGUAAGCACCAGUUAUGAAAACUUCUUUUUGUUUGUUUGUUGGCUUUUUUAUCAUGAAAUAGGAAUAGAUUUAUACUAAAUAAACUAAGUUUUUUUUCUCACAUGUACUUGUGUUAGCCCCAUAACAUGUAAAAGCAGAUAUUUUAUCAUUAUAAUGCCCAUGUAAGUGGCCAUUCAGAAAAUAUUCUCAAGUAAAAUAGCUUAAUUUUCAAAUAGCUACCCUAUGAAAAUAUUGAUGCUUAAAUGACUUUGUGCAUAUCCAUUUCUACAUUGUGUGUCAUUUUUUUAAAGUUAUUUUGUUCCAGUUAGAGAUUUUGAAGGAAUUUUGCUUUUGUCUGCUUUGUCUGCUUUGAAUUAUUGUCGGUGCUUUGAAUUAUUGUCGGUGAAUUAUUGAAGUUCACUGUCAGUGUAGGCCACAAAAAUGAAUACUGAUAUUUCUAGGUUAUCACAUGCCAAAUUAUAGAUUAAUACAGAGACGCUUACUUUUUCAUAAAUCCAGUGAACUAAAACAGUGUCUUUUGCAAAAAUGACAUGAGAUAUUAACUGGGAAAAGUGAUAUGUUAGCGUUAAGCAACUUUUUUCCUAUAGGAUAGAUUUUGACAUUUACAUACAGCAUACUGUAGGUUUAAUUCUUAUGCUCCUCUUGUCUUCCGUAUUUUACAUUCUUACCCAAAUUUUUUCAUGAUGAUACAAUAUUCUUAAGGCAAAGAAUGGAGGUGGUACUGUAUAUGAUUGAUGUAGCAUAAAAAAAUUAAAUACAAUAUUUUAUAAUAUUCUAGGGUAAAUUAUAGUUUGUAUAGUUUAAAUUGUGGAUUUGUUUGGAUUUUUUUUUGUUGUACACAAUUUUUGUCCUAUUCAAUCAAGGGACAGAAAUGCUCUUUGCAAUAAGAAAAAAAAUAUUUUAAAGACACAACUUUGAAAGGCAUGGAGUAUAAAAUCAAAUCUGAGGUUAGAAUUAAUUGGAAAAAAAACAAUGCUUUUAAAAUGCAUGCUUGCUUGCAUUGUGGCACUGCUGCUCAUAACACCAUCCACAGACAAGAUUGAUUUUAUUGUUAGAAACUGGCUUGUCCUGCUUUUAUUCCCAAGUAAAUUAUAGCAGACAUGUCAGCAAAGUAUUUUUUUUUAUAUGAAGAGAUGUGUCAUGAUGACAGCCAGAUUUUUAGGUACAGAUAUAGGAAAAACUAUAUUAGCCAAUAAAAGAUUGAAAUCCUUAAUAAAAGAUGGAACGUUUUUGUAAGUCAGUCUCUAUGCUUUUAUAUUAUUCUUUGUACAUUGGAGAUGUUUUACAUUAAAACACAUAACCUGUUCUAAAGUGAAGAUGAAGAUUCAAGCUAUGGAAAUGCUCUUUUUAUGCAUUUGUCACAUUAACAAUAACUUAAUGCAGUAUAAAAAUGCCAUGUAGAGGGUUCUUUGUAGACACUAAAAAUAAGAAUUAGAUGGCAACAAACAAAAAUGAAAAGUCAAAUUUACUGGUCAGAUGAACAAGAAUAAAGAUUUAGUUAGCUAUUAAAUUGUGUCUCUUAUAUAAAAACAUUUUUAUACCAGACUACUAAUAGUGACUGUAAAUUAGCCUGUAUUGUUAGCAGUAUUCUAGGCAAAAUAUAAUGUAUUUCAAAUUAAUUUACUAGCUGCUGAUUUCUGUGGACAUAUGUUCAAGAGAGUGGCUGGGAUAGUGGAGGAGGGUUUUCAACAGAAAUCCUUAUGCAACAGUUCUUAUUUUUUAAAAAAUGUUAUUUUUACAGAAAACUUAUAUUUCAUAAUCUAUUACAUGCCUGUAUUUGCUAGAUUAAUUUUUUAAAGAACCACCUAAAGAUGUAAAAAAUGUGUAUUAGAUUAAAUCAGAGAAAUGGAGUACAAAGAAGAUCACGCAGGAUUUAAGAUAUUCAAAAUAAAGGGCCAUUUUAGUUCAUUCUAGAGAAAUAAAAUGCGAGAUGACUAACGAGUGUUUCUUUCUUAGUCUCUAUUUUUUUUUAAAUCUGAAGUGGAAUGUUUCUGAUUGUCAUUGCCUCGCUUUUCAAUAAUAUUUUAAUAUAAACCCUACUGAGGCCAUAACUUCCCUUUCAGAUUUAAAAUACAUGUAACUGUGCCCCCACUUUCUAUGUGACAUUUUCAAUUCCAGGUUCCUUGUUAUUUGCAGACCUUCUGAUCAGAUAAAUGAACACAGAGAUACACAAAGCAUGGGCACAGCAUAAAAUAAAAUCAUUUGUGGUUUUUAGUUCUAAAAUACAUUCACAAAUAUAGAUGUGGAAAAUGAGGGAUGGUUUUCUUUUACAAAUGACCUGUAUUCGAAACAGGCUGCAGAUACUGUACAUCUAAAAUUUAGUCACAUCACUUGCACGAUAUAAGACAAGGCUGGCAUAAAUUUUGCAUUAGCACUGUAGGUCAGCAUUGUUGAGUUGAUUAUUAGGAUUUCAACAGGGACUCUAGAGACACAUCCAUCCUCCCAUGUACUUAGGAAUGAAAGUACCAAUUAAAUCAAAUAAGUUAGGGGCAAUCUAUGUGAGACCUCCUUUAAAGCAGAGUGAACAUUAAGGUAAAGUUAAUUUAUAAACAAAUGUUAUAUACCCAGUAAAAUAUAAUACUCUAUGUUAAUAUUAUAAUGUUGCAAAGGGCAAAAAGACACCCAAGAUGUUUUAUCAAACAUUUUAUUAUUAUUUAUGCUUAUUAGACAACUAGGUAUUUUUGGAUACGUGUUUUAUUUAUUGUUAUGAACUUCAUCCUUGCAUAUUCCUUUUUUAAAUAUGUUAUACUGUAUUUUUGCUAUGGUGUGUGCAUUCCUUUAGCUAUGACCUCAAAUUAAGUGAGUAUGAAGCAAAUGAAAUAGGUGAAUGUGUGAAACUUAGUGAAAUAGCAGAAGAAAGUUUUGGGAUUAUUUUAUUACUUUACACUGGAGAGUUCUUUUCCUGUUUGAACAGAUGGGUUGUAUAUUUGAAUUGUUUUUUUGGACUGAAUAUAAUUUGCUUCCACACUGUCUAAUAAAAGAUUUUUUAUAUAA